AUGUGCGAAGGACCCAGGGACAUCCGAAAAAAGGCUGCUGGGCGCAGAGCGCUGCGCCAGGCACUCUACGUUCGCCUUGGAAGAAACAGCGAUCAUUCCUCCCCAGCAGGCGCCGCGGUCCUCCGCGAACCGCGCUCGCCGGCGUCUCCCCGACCCUCGCCGCCUCUCAUUGAGAAAGCGCAGUGGUCGGCGCGCAGAGACGCGCCCGGUGCCCUGGCUGGGGCUCCGCGAGCAGGCCCGCCCCGCGAGGACGGCGUGCAGGGGACCGCGGUGGCGCGCUCGCCCCCCCAGCGCACGGGACAGCGGGGUGGCCGCGGGCAGGGCGAGGGUCGGCACGGGGCAGGGGAGGAAGAUUCCCCGCCACCCCCACUGACAACUUUGACGGGACCUCAGCCGGCAGCCCCGCAUCUGCUGGCCUUCCCUCUGGCCAGUUUCCCUCUAAGCACAUCCCCGCCCCCGCCCCGCGCCCAGUCCCGACCCCUCGCCCACCGCCGGACCCGGCCGCGCGUCCCCAGCAGCCCAGCAGAGGCGGUGGCGGCCUCGGGGCGCGGGUGUCUGCGCCGCCCAGGGAAGCUGGGGGGUCCGGGGGUCCAUCUGCCCAGUUUGCCGCGCGAGCAGCGGGCCUCCCGCAGGAGCCAAGAGAACCCGCGGUGGCGGCGGCCCGGGAGCCGCGGCCGCGUAGCUCCGAGACCCGCAGCCGCGGCGGCGGCGGCGGCGGCGGCGGCGGCUGCUAGAGCAGCGCCUCCCGCCGCCGCCCGGGAGGAGCUCGCCGCGCCCGCUCGCCGCCUCGGCUCCCAGCGGCGGCGGCGGGAGGCGCGUCUCCCCGGCCCAGUCCGCGCCCGGCCCCGCGGGGCCGCCCCGGCCCGCUCCGAGUCCCGGGUCCCGCGGCGGGGACAUCGCGUCCUGCGGGACCGCAGCGGCGGCCGGGCGGGUGGGCUCCGGGUGCGUCUCGCCAAAGAGGCAGAGGACGAGACACCCCGAACCUCAGGAUCUGGGGUGCUCUGA